GCUCAGACCAAGAUCAUCUCUUUUAGCACUGCCAACCCUCGCUCAGAGUCGGAAUCAUGCCGCGUUGUAAAGCGUGUAAAGCAGAUUAAAGUGCUAUUCCCGCAUAAGGCAAUCAGGCGCCCAUGUGUUGCCUGAACGGACAAGGCCUGCUCAACAUCGCCCACAACGACCACCGCUAGACAGACGAUGCCGCGCUCAUGAUGCAGACCGCCACGUCCACGAUCUAUGCUCCUCCGCUCGGCAUGAAGCAGGCACCGCCAGACCCGGCACGGGCCUCAGUGGGCCAUCUGCUCUCGAAGGCGUACUCGCUGCCGUGCUCGACCGCCACGCAAGGCUUCACACAGCUGGUCCCGCCGAUGAAGCGGUUCCAGGUCGCGCUGGACGUGCUGCUGCCGCUGCUAUACGCGCCUGCCGAGCCCGCGCAACGGAUCCUUGUCUCGUACAUCCUCUACUCGCUCUAUGCACCUCACCCGAUCGCUAUCAACCCCUUCCAGUCCGCGCUCCUCGCGACGUUCGUCAAGGAGCGAGAGGCGGCGAUCCGUGUCGCGGUGGACGGCGGUGUCAGCGAGAACGAGCAGCUCGUCUGGGUGUUGUGGAAGAUCCUCAGGGGAGAUGGCAGUGAUAUCGGUCCGUUCUCGCCGUCCACCUUGGCGCGCUCGCCGCUGCCCCCGAAGCUGAGGGCGGCGAACUUGACUCUCGAAGACGAGGCGGAACGCACGCGAUCCGAUCUAAAUGGCGCUACCGGCGCUGACGCGGAGGCGCAGGUCACACCGGAACAGGACGAGGAAAGACAGAGACUGUCCGACGCGAUGACUCUAUUGUUGGCGGCGCGCGACCGCGUCCUAACCUUGUCGGAACAACGCAUCUUACUCCCGGCCCUCCCGCAACUGACCUCACGACCUGUCAUCACCCCCAUGGACCUGCCCUCUCUGAUAUCCUACAACCCUUCGAUCGCACAUCCUCUGUUCGCCGCGCUUCUCUCGUCUUGUGCUGCUAGUAACCGGGAUCCCACCUUGUAUCUCGAGGUUCUGAGGUACCUCCCACCGAUCUUGCCGUCUUUCGACAUCAUGGGGCGGCUCCUGCGCGAUCCUACGACUGUGCUGGAUAUCGCGACCGGCGGCAAGACCACUAUCGCGGACCUGGUGCGAACAGAGGUGCUCGGCUGGUUCCUCCACGAAUGCAUCAACUGGCUGGACAGGGCGGAGGAGGACGAACGCGCUGGGGAGGUGAGCGACGACCGCUUCGCCAAGGGCGUGCAGAACCUGUGCCGGUUCUUCACCUCCCUUAUCAAGUUCUCGAUCAUCGACCCAGCCUCAGACGCGGACUCGGCUGAGAUGGCGCACUUCACGCUGCGCAACGCGCGCUUCGAGGAGGCGCAAUUGCUCUAUCGCAUACUCGUCACGGGCCAGUUCUGAGAUGAAUAUGUGAAUGACUGACCAUGCACCUACGUAUUAUGUCGCUAGCUGAUCGGACUCCCUGAUAACCCAUGUACAGAUCCGUCCUAUGUGUACUGAACCGCGUCAUGAGCCUUUAUGAUCAUCCUUUGUCUUAAGUACUUAUUCCUAUGCAGCCGUUCGACUCACUGUAGUUACUGAGCAAUGUAUGUAUGUACAAAGUGUAUGGAUUAGACUGACUGUACAACCAAGACA